UAUCUCUUCGCCAACCUUCUUGCUCCGAUGGCGCAGGCUGAUAAUUGCAUAUUGCCUAACGACUCAAAGCCUACUCUUCGCUACCAGCUUUUUUGGGCAAUUGGAACAUCAUGGGAGGUGAUCAAAAGCGUCGCCAGCAUUGUGCGACUACGGAUCUAUUCACAAGCAUCCGCUUCAAGUACAUCUAUAGAAGACACAGUAGUGGAUGAUGGUCUCGACACUCCCGACAGCCAUAUUCACUCUGGAAGUUUCUCCCAGCAACCAACGCUCUACCAAGUCUUCCAGAGCAUAUUGUUAGAUACUGAAAAUGACAAUGAUGGAUGGUCAUCACCCCAUCCUUCUACUAGCUCGGAUUUCGCCUCGUUCGAUGAUAAGAGUGAGCAAGGAAACAACAGGGCGUUAGAUGAUGGUGCAGGUAUUCCGACCUUGCAAGAUAUAGAACCAAUUCAACUGUACAACCAUUUCAGAGAGAUUUUUGAAAAUAUUGAGCUCAAAAACGAUAGGAGAGAUCUAACUAAGUGGAGUUUUGAUUUAUUCGUGGAGCGCAUGGUCAAGGAUCUUCGAGCGCGCGAAAUCCUUCAUUACUUAGUUCUUGAAGGACUUCAAGGUAUGUCACGUUCCUAAAAAAUACCCAAACAAUCCCAGCUCAGAUUUAUUUGUAGAUGCAUUCUGCGGUAUCUAUAAAACAGAACUGCAAUUAAAAAGAAAUGAUGAAAAUGAAAAGGCGACAAUCGCUUUAGCAGCAUAUUGGUUGCAUCAGUGUUGGUCAACCCAUCCUGAGUGUCCAAGCCCCAAUAUAUUGAGUCAACGCUGGCCCAUACUACCCAAGCGUGUUGUCGACCUAACAGAAUAUCAAACUCCUUACUCUUCGAAUUCUAAAGUAAAGGUCUUCGAUACAUGCGGAUUAAGAGGUGCCUAUGUAGCACUAAGCUACUGUUGGCCUUCAACCCCUAAGAGGUCCUCGAUUCUGACACGCGAAACUCCGAGUGACUUCACCAAUGGGGUACUCUCUUGCAAUCUCAUUUGUGAGAUCCAGGAGGCUUGUACGAUUACGAAAGGACUCGGAAUUCAAUACUUGUGGGUGGAUGCAUUGGUAGAUUAUCCUAGUAUGUGUAUCAGUACACCAGCUAAUAUUAUUUGCAGUGCAUCGUUCAAGGGCGCGGUGGGGACUGGCACAUACAAGCGAAUAAGAUGCCUUCCAUCUAUAAGAAUGCAGUUUUGACUAUAGCUUCCGGGGGCCAAACUUCUCUGGCGGAGGCGUCAAGAGAGACGGAAUUUAUCGUCAAGCCGGCAGACAAUAGAUACAGUCAACUACCUCUGAAAGAUUGGAGCCAAGAACGAAUUCAUGAGUGGUUUUUCAAUACAGGCAACUUUGUAUACCGACCUUUCGAACAACUAGAUACUCGAGGAUGGGUGUUCCAAGAACAGCUUCUUUCUCCCCGAACCAUUUACCUUACCUCAGAGGGCCUCUUUUGGGAUUGCUUGCAUCACUCUGCGUCCUGUAACCGACCAACAGGAAUUCCAGGAGACUUUUCGCCUCACUUCAGGGAUGCAGAUAGUCGCGCGUUGAAAUUUUUUCUCCUAGGCUCACACACAUCGGUUCCCAAGGAGGAAUACUAUUGGCUAUGGCGAAGAGCCGUGCAAAACUAUACAAUACGGGAUUUGAGCAGGAAAAAGGAUCGAUAUAUCGCACUUUUGGGGAUAACUGAUCAGAUGGCUUCACAUCUCGAUGACGACUGUAUACUUGGGGUGUGGAAGAAGGACCCCUUGCGUUCACUGGCAUGGUUUGUCGAUUCUACGGAACCUCAGAAAUGGCAACAUUUCGAAGAAAGAGUCCAAGCACCCUCAUGGUCUUGGAUCUCUGUUAACGGUCCUGUGAAUUACCAACUCUGGCACCCUCCCCAACUCCAUAUCGAUCCAAAAGGCGCAGAAAUUUCCAAGAUGGCAAGGGUACCAAAGCUAUCAGCAAAUCGGCAAGGCUCACUUGGUUUCGAUGAUUUCAGUGGCCAUCUUGUGAUCAUAAGCGCAUUAGCCAAGGCCUACAUUUUAGGGUCUACAAUCUGCCUCGCUACCACAUGGAAAGAUAGGACUUCCUUAGCGGAAAGUCUUUCGAGCCCAGAAACUCGUGGAGUGAUUGAGUUUGUCCAAUCUACUCCCGCCUCCUUUGGAUCGAACUGUUUUCUUGAAUACAUAUUGUAUGGCAGGAUUUAUAGUGAAUGAGGAUGAAGGCUUAGUAAGCUAUGGUGGGAUAUAUAUCCCACCCCACUACUGCCACAUGCCUUCAACACCACCACAAUAUCCACCACCACAAUAUUGUCAGCUACACUUUUGUGAGCUCUUUUAGCUCUUUUGUGGAGGUAGUGGAACUGGAACAAACGCUCUAUUUUCGCUCCUUUCGCGUGCGACGAUUGUUCCUGCGCGACGAUACUACGUCCUCGGAACGAAUACGCUACGCUUUCUGAUCUCGAUUCUCGACUACCGACGCUUGAUGCCGACAUAUAGAGCGGAUCAACCUUGUCGGGAGUGUGAUUACUUCGCCAGGCAAGGAGGGCUUUCUGGGUGUGGUUUUGGCCUAAAAAGAGGUUUUCCCACGCUUGUUGCACAAAUGUAAGAGAGGUAGAUAUGUAUACAGGGCAGGUACUUAGUAGAAAUAUUUAGAGGACAGGCAGUGAAUAUCGG